UAAUCCAGCUGCAAAGUUAAGAGAGGACCACAAACAUUCAAUGAACAAUGGUGUAAUAUAAUGAGAUCAUGCAUGAGCUCAAGUAACAGCAAUGGCUACUCAGUUCUCACAAGACUACUACAGUUACAGUAUGAGAUCAGCUGUCUGUGAAUCAAAGUUCAGAGAAUCAUCAUCUUCUUUGCAAAUGGCUCAUGAGGAAAGGAACACUGAGUUGCAGCUUGUUCGGGUUUCGAAUGAUGCUCAUAGGUUGACAGAGAUGAUUGAUUCAUUGUUUAAAUCUUCGAAGCUUGAUAGGCGGGUGAAGGAUGUAGCUAGAGAACUUCUUAGAGGUGCGAUGGAUCUUCAGGAGUCGUUGGUGAUGCUUGGGAAGCUCCAAGAUGCGUCGAAGCAAUUGGCGAAGACAACAAAGAAGAAUGUGGCUGCAGUUGAUGGUGAAAGAGAAGCACGGCGUUCUGUUGAUGGUUCGUCAUCGAGGGACUGUAUUGACGAGCUCCGAAGAGUAAUCAGAGACAGCUUUCAGAAGCAUAAUCUGUUGUCUAGAUCUCCGGAGGAUGAAAGAGCUUUGUCAAGCCGAUCUAUGAGGUUUAAUCCUGAAACUGAAUUGAGAGAUGAGCAUUGUGAACGAAGCCGUGAUGGAUUUGGUUCAAAUAAGAAAGUAAAAGCUCCAAAUUUAAUUGCGAAGCUUAUGGGGCUUGAAGAAGUACCUUUGGAUGAGACGAUGUCGAGCUUAAAGCCUCUGAGAACUCCGACAUUUGAUGAUCAUAUGCCUAAGGCUAGGAAAGAGCAGGUGAUGGAGAGAAGUCCUGAUCUGCAGAAAAAAACACUGCAAGACAUCAUUGAGAAAAUGCAAUUCAAAGGAAUUUUGAAGAAUGGGCAAGCUGAAGAUUUCAGAAUUGAACCAUUGGCCCCUAAUUCUUCGCCAUUGGAACGAUACAGAAGUGGCCGCCUUCAUUACGACGAUGAACACCCUGCCUAUAGUUAUCAUGAAGCCUUUGAAGCCACCAAAGAGACCAAGACUGUUGCAAUAGGAAGUAUGAAGAUUAUUGAGAAGCCAAAAGUGGAUUAUGCCAAAAAGUUUACAGCCUUGGAUUCCCAAAAAGAACAAGCAAAAGAAGAAUUUAAGACUCACAAAAAGACAGUAGACAGGCAAAAACCAUUGCUCACCAGAAGAAAAUCAGCGGAGAAGGAAGUGAAGGUCAGAAGGCCGGCGGCUUUGUUUCAAGAAAAUACCUCUAAACAGUCACACAUGCUUGAGAAGAAACCUUCACUUGAUAAGAGCAAUCUUUCUGCACAGGCAUCUGCUUUGCAGAAACAUAAAUCCAACAAUCUGAUGAAAGAUUCAACAAAGAACUCUUCGUCAAGAAAAAAGAAGACAGCUGAAGCUAAAUCAGUGAAAACAUCCGCAAUCAAUGCUGCAAUUAAAGAUAGCACAAAGAGUAAAGAUGAUGGCAAAGUGAUCAAACCAUUAUGUGAAACUGCUGCAAUUUCAACAUUGGUGAGUAGCGAUUUGUCUGCAACUGGUGAAACUAAACAAGCAGAGGUGAACCAAACACCCUGCAGCAAAGAAGAACAGAAAGCAGUCGGUGAAGUUUUGCCAAAGAUCAUCUCAGAAGAAAGAUGCUUAGCAUUGUCAGGCGAAGCUACUCCAUGGUAUGAAAACAAACCAACAGUCAGAGAGGACUUGAAAGGCAUUCUUUUGAGCAGCCAAACAUUCCUCAAGGAUGCACAGAAGUUCAUUAGUCCUAAUGGACACCAACCAAUAUACAGAAGGAAAAACAUCGAGGCAGCAGGAGCAAGAGACGCUAAGCUUUUCUUGGAUUGUGCAAUUGAGUUAAUGGCACGGAAAAGCCACCAGAAGGAGCUUUUCUAUCACUCUCUAGAUCCAUUGUUGUCAGAGAUUAGCAGAGCAUUUGAAAAGCUUACAACUUACAAUGCAAUUGAUGCUGAUGCAACUUAUGAAGAUACUCUUUACGUGCGGUUAGAGAAAGAUCUCAAAUGCAAAGACAUACUGAUAAAUUCUAUGUGGGAUGUUGGCUGGUCUUAUUGUGUUUGCAUAGAAGAAGUACAGCAAGUGGUCCACAUAGUCGGGGAGUUUAUCUUGUUCUGGCUUAUUGAAGAAAUUGCUAAAGAAAUACUACUGUUUUCUUGUUGCUCUUAAGAUUUCUGAAGUUUAUUAAUAGUGUAUAUUGAGCAAAUGCCAACACACACAAUAUUUCACAGCAAUACAUAUACUAGAGUGAUACAAUUUUUAAAAAA